CUGUCAUUUGUUAACAUUUGAAGUUUGAAUUGAACGAAACAAACAAGAAUUUUGUAUUUUGAUUUUCCUUUCGGUUUUUGAGUAAAAACCUAAUUAGGAUAUGGCGCAAAAUAUAGCUAGUCAGUCCACAGACGAAGAAUCUUUAAAAACUUUGUACGAUGAAGCUAUGCAGAUGUUUGAUAGGAUUGAAAAUGGCAGCGAAGCAACCAACAGUGAUGCGGUGCAGUUAUCAAUAAAAGCAGCAAUAGCAAAAUUUGAGAAGGCAACCAACCUAGUGUCACUGUCAGGCAUGUUCAGCCAAAAUGAGGACUUGGAGGAGUUGCCCACUGAAACACUGCAGUACUUGCUGCUGCCUGCACUGCUGGGAACACUUAGCUUGAAACUGUGCAGCCAGCCACGGAAGGGGGUGAUUAAUGUUGCUGAGAUUUAUUUUAAAGAUUUCCUGCAGAGGUGCAAGGACUAUGGAGUGACAGAUGUGGAGGUGCCACAGACCAGCAGCGAGGGCACCAGCAGAGCACAGAAUGAGCAAGCAAAGAUAGCUAACAUGGUCCUCUCAAGGCAAGCAAAGAUCAAAAGAUACAAGGAGAUGAAAGAGCUCAAGGAAAAACUGUCUACUCUCUCCAAGGCGAUGUCCUCGCCAACUGCUGACGAUGCCACGAAGAGGGAGUACUUUGUCACCCUGCUGCUGAACUACGUGAACCAGGCCCUGGAUGAGCUGAGCAGUAUUGAACAGGAGAAGCCCAUCUUGGAAUACAUGGCUAAAAAUGCUGGAGCGGAGCACAAGGCGGAGAAGCGCGAGCGCGCGCCGCCGCUGAAGCCGGUGAUCAUCACGCGCGACGCGCUGCAGAAGGCGGUGUUCGGCGCGGGCUACCCCUCGCUGCCCACCAUGACUGUUGAGGAGUUCUACGACAAGAGAGUCAGGGACGGAACGUUCCCAGGUGCCGGCACCAACAUACCGCAUACUACUAUUGAGAACGCCGACGCAGACCCUGAUGAGGCCGAACAAAUUAGAAAGGAGCGGCUGGUGGAGGAGGACGACGAGGAGGCGCUGGCUCGUCAGCGCGACAUGGACGAGUACAAGGACGAGCACCGGCGCGGCUGGGGCAACCGGCACAACCGCAGCUAGCCACUAGUAGGGCUUUGAAACUCUAAGUCAGGGUUUCUCAAAGUGGGAUACGCGAACCCCUAGUGGUUUGCCAUUCGACGGCAAGAUUUACGUAAUGAUAGUGAUGUUGAUGGCUUGAUAACUGAUACCGAGUCAGAAAUAAGGUUAAAAUUGUCCAAAAUUACUCCUAACAUUGAAUCCAUUUGCGACAAGAAACAAGCACACUCAUCACAUUAAUAUUACAAAGACAUUUGGUACUUAAUGUGUUAACUUUUAUUCAAAUGAAAACCUUAUUUCAACAGAUUUUUUUCUUGGGGGAUGGGGGGAAUCAUUAGUUAGUAAGAGGUUCGCUGUCACUUGGAAAUUUUAACAGGGGUUCGUGGAGCCUAAAAUUUGAGAAACCCUCUAAGUCAUUCGAAAAACGGUUCCAAAUCGAUUGGCAGAGCUGGCGACGAGUCGUCAUAAUAGGGCAUAUUGUACCGCGCAAUGACGUGGUAUGACAACCGGUCGCUAUGGCGGGGUUGAAAGGUUAAAGGUUAAAUAAAAAAGUGAACAGAACCAUACAUCGCACUGCAAGGGUAGGUUUCCAGCCUCAUGUUAAGCGAGCUCCGUCGGCGUGAACACGCUCAAACAAUCAUCAUCAUCAUCAUUGUCAGCCGAUGGACGUCCACUGCUGGACAUAGGCCUCUUGCAUGGUUUUCUAAACAAAACGGUCUCGAGCCGCGAGCAUCCAGCGGCUCCCUGCAACCCGCUUGAUGUCUUCGGUCCACCUAGUGGGGGGUCGACCAACACUGCGCUUUCCGGUGCGGGGUCGCCAUUCCAGCACCUUGGGAUCCCAAUGUCCAUCGGCUCUUCGAACUAUGUGGCCUGCCCAAAAAACAAUGUCAUAUGUUAAUUGCGGCCGCAGAAGCGCCGCGUACACCAAUCAUCGAUCGUUGAUCGUUAGAUGGGCCUCAACGCGUCGCGGAAUUGUCAUUGGUUUCGCACCUUGAGUACGUCAUCACUCGUAACACAUUUCUCUUUAUCCAUAUUGUUGCUUGUGUUUUUACACUUCCAAAAUGAACAUGAAGGCAUAAUUAAGUGAUUAAAAUAGGAAAAAACAGUGUUUUUUUUAUCCCCAGCCACUCACAGCAUGCGCUUGUUACGUACUAAGAUAAGAUGUGCGUGCACGUCUUUGGGUAAUGACAUAAAAUUGAGCGUUAUUUAAAAUGGAGGGGCCCAUCUAACGAUUUAUAUCGAUGACACCAAUCAUUAGUUUUCCCGCUACUUUCGUUUCGUCGGGCGUGUGUUUUGUACGUGAACACUUGAAUAUUGUGCUGUGUGUUGUUAGGUUAAAUAUUAAGCUACCGCGCCCGCUACUGCGCCCGCUACCGCUUGUCAACGUGAACUAGCACUGUAUAAACACAUGGGGGUCGAAAUGACUUUUCGGCUUAACAUUUCGUUGAAUGUUAUCUGUAACUUAUAAUAACAAAUUUAUAAUGUUCAUCGCAAGUAUGUAACAAGACAGACAUAUGUAUUUAUUUAUAAACCAUAAACUGAUAUACCUAAUAUAAAAUAAAUGUUUUGUUAUAAU